AAUCCUGACUCGGAAGUGGGCAGCGUGCAAUUUGCUUCAGGGAACGAUAACCAGAGUAAUAAUAAGUUCCUUUGAUUUCUUUUCCAUAGGUGAUACAUGAUUUUUGACAAAACUUCUUGUAGCUAUAUCGUGAGGAUUUUGUGUUAAACCUGUUAUGAAUAUGCACGACUCGAAUGACAAGCCUUUGAAAAGUCACGUACUGAAUUUGGCAAGCGACUAGUACAUGGCAUAUGCUGGUGACAUGACUGAUUCCACGAGCAGUGAAAGCGGAGGCAGUGGUUAUUCACGAAGAAAUUCUAGGAGGAUCCAUCGCACAGAUUGUCUUCUCUCAAAUCCGAAGUUGACGAAUAAUGAUUCUCCAAUGGAGGCCAUGUCUUUCUCAGUUGACGAGCAAAGUUUAGUAGGAAACGCCGCUCAGCACUUCAAAGGGAACAGAGAAACUGUAAGGCAGGCUGUGGAAAUUGUAUUGAACGCAACGGCGAAAAAGCACAGGAUGAAGGGAGCAAUUUCCCUUUGCACAGAAGUCGCUAAACUUUUGGACGACAUCAGCAGACUUGAACAUCAAGUUAUAGUACUGAAAAUGAGAGAUAAAGAUGGUUCUAAGGGAAGUGGGUGCAUUGGAUCUUCAUCAAUAAGUUCUACUGCAUCAAACAAGUCACAGAAUCAACACCCAACACAAACUAAGACAACCCAAGUUCAGCCAAUCUUGACAGACCGCAGUACUAGUCCAUUACUAAAGGAGGUUCUGAUAAAGAAUUCAAACACUACUGCUUGUCAGACAGAAGUUUCUUCAGAUGCAGAAAAAGAAAACAUUAGACUCAAGAAGCAGUUGCAUUCUAUGAGAACAGAAAUGGAGGAACUGAGGAAGAAACAAACUAUACUUCCAAUGAUUGUUAGAAGCCAGAAAAGUGUAUCAAAAGCUGGGAGUCAACAAGACCAUCAAAAAAGGAGCACAAAUACUGUGCCAAUGUCUGCGGCCAAAAGACCAACAGAUUCAGCAGACCACCAAGUGGAAUUGCCACAUAUUCCACAGGCAAAAAGUCCAAGUCAAUUAGUGGACUGUAAUAAAAAGAUGUUAGUUAAUCAACAAAGAAGGAUAGGAUUCAAAUCACUUUCUUCUCCACCAAAAGGGUCAUGUCAUCAACCCAUCAGACCAAAUGAAAUGUAUUCCCAAUGUAAAUGUCAAGGGUGUGUCAGAGCCCUUGCCGAAGAAAGCAGAGUAACAUUAGAUGGACACACAGACAAGAAAUCUCAUAAAUCAGAGAUUUUGCCAAGUAUUGGUGAUCAUGUUGUUGUACGAAGUCAUCUUAGUGGUACAGUGAAAUACAUUGGUCCUGUUAAUGGGGAAGAAUCUUGCAUUGGACUCCACUUAGAUUCACCAGUUGGAAAUCAUAGUGGAUCCUUGGAUGGAGUUCAUUAUUUCUCCUGUCCACCAAACUAUGGGGUUUUUGUUCAUAUUGAAGAUGUGUUAUGUAUUACAACCUCCAAGGAAAAGCAAGUGGUUGGAUUUUCCACAGGACUUCAGAAAUCUUUGCCAAAUGCUAUGACAGCAAUCUAUCCAAAGAAAAGGAAUGCACCAGAGAGCUCUUAGAAAAGAAAUUUCUACAAAGGCGGAGAGCCUCAGAGGUGACUGACCAGGCUUACACAUGGUCUACUCUCCUCAUCUGACUAAGGGACUAUUAUUAUCAUUACUAAUGAUAGUUUUUCUGCCAUAAAAAAAUAAUCAUGUAUUGCAUGACCUUCAUUUUACAGCCAACAUUUACUAAGAGUGUAGUGCUUGUGACAAAAUUUACAAAUAACUUGUUUGCAUCUUGUAAAUACCCUUGACUUUGUGACAGUUUUUGACAGAAGAGUGAAAAACAGUCACACAAAUACAUACUUUGGUGAAGGGAAGCCAAUUUUACCCAAUAGUUAAUUUUUUUGUUAACUUCAGUCAAAUGCAGUUGAUACAAAAGAAAUACCUUUGAAAACAUAAGGCUGCUAACAAAAAUCAAAUAACAAAAAAAAUUAGGAAUGUUUUACUUUUUUAUCAUAAUUAUGAUUCUUUGGAUGUGGAAAUGAUUAAGUGUUACUUAAUGAAAUUAGUUGUGGUUUCUAACAUGUUGGAACAUCUAUAACAUGACCAACAUUUUUUUUUUGCUUAAAAUAUGAAAUUUUUAGUUCAAAGGGUUUCCUCUUGUCUUAAACAAGUGGAAUAGCACAAUACUUGUUAAAUAUCUUAAACCCUUUCACUCCCAAGAUCUCACUGGUGAUUCUCCUUAGCAUCUGGCAUACAAUUCUUAUCAUAUGCAUUUUCAGUGCUAUGAUUACUCUUGCUACACAUUUUACCUUUUCACCUCCAUAAUCUCAUCUGAGUAACUCUCCUUACUGUCUGCAAUACAAUCCUUCUAAUGCUAGUUUGGAGAAUUUGGUGUUAGAUGAACUAGUAAUGCUCUAAUUGACAUUUUUCUUUAUUCCCAUCACUCGUCUGCUUGAUAUUGCAUUGAUAAUGUGAGGAGAAAACCUGUCUUGGUCAUAUAUGGGAGUUAAGGGAGUCAAAGGGUUAAGAUCAGCUAUCUUGGAACCUAAGUUGCUUUUAAUUUAUAUAUUAAUUAUGUGCAUUUACAAAGUCCUUUGACAGAAGAACAUGAAAUGUCCACAGAUGUUUUAUUUGUUCUUUAACAGCACAUCUUGUGGCAAUAGUUUUCAUUUGUACUUUUCCUAGACUUAGAAUUCUCUAGUUUCAAAAAAAGAAACAAUAACAUUGUCAUGGAAGCAACAAUAAGGUGAAGUAAAAAAUUGGCCGGCAAUGAUGGCUUUAAAAGAAAAGAGAUUAGCAAAUUUAUUUUAGAGCUGUUUUCAACUGUGUCAAAAAAGCAAAACCUAAGUAAUUUCAGGGACCAAUCUGAACAAAAUUUACAUUUUCCAUUGAAAACUCAAAGUGAAAAACAAGAAAACUGCUUAAAGCAUAGGAAAAUGUGAAUGCUCAAGUCACAAUUGUUCUUAGUUCUACAUUUUUAUUUCUAUGUCUGAUUGAUUAAGAGUUGUGUGCAUUUUCUGGAUCAAUCUGAGAGCAAAGUAAAGGGAAGACAAAGCAAUUCCAGAUUACUUUUGCCACUCAGUUAAAAUUGCUCUAGCCUUGGUGUCCUCUCUAAAGAGAUAAGUGAUGAUGGACAAGUAGGUUUGCUGCCAUUUUAUGACAUUUUCUUACAAAUACAACCCCAGCUGAUAUCAUAGUUUUACAACUGGGUUAGCUAUGAUUUAAUCAUUGUAACAUGUAUUGUUUUUUUUUUCUUUCUUUCUUUCAUGUAAAGGGACUUCAACACACUAUUUUAUUUUUAUUAUUUUUUUUUUUUUUUCGGUUUAAAAAAAAAACAGAACUUCAGUCAUUUCCUCUACUUUUAAGUGACACAAUUAUUCCCUCAGAAGAAUCCUGUUAGAAAUUUUGGGAUGCCUGUUUCAUUAUAUUAAAUUUCAAUCGCAGUUCUAACCAACAGUGCUGUUAAAAGUGCUGUUAAGUCCUUUUUCAUGUUAGAUAGUCACAUCUGGUGAGCAGUGAUGUGAUGAUCGCCGGUGGAUGCGCAAAGUCCUCUUAUUUAUACAUCCUUUUAGUUACAAGCUUGUGUCAAACACAUGACUAAAAUUUGGAACUCAGUUAUGUUAUAGGUUAUACCAUAAUUGUUACUAACAACUGCUAAAUUUUUUUAAAAGAUGCAAAUACCAGACAGGAUAGUAUUGUUGAAAGUCAGCUUAAGUGCUACAAACUGUAAUUUGAUCAAGAAUUUGAUCAGGAUAGUAACUUGAGUUAUAACAAUUGAUCUUGGUUGCAAUUAAAUUAGAAGCUGGUGUAUCACA